UACCAUCGAUCAAUUCACAGAAAAACCUCGAUGGGAAGCACCAGCAGCGACGUUGAAGCGGGCUUCGCGAAGCUCCAAGGCGAGGCCUUCGAGUACUUUAUGCAAACCUACUCCAUAAUCCUCGGCCGCAACUCCAAGCAAUCCACCGUCGACGUCGACCUCUCCUCCCUAGGCAGAGGCAUGAAUAUCUCUCGCCAACACGUCCGCAUCUUCUACGACUUCCAACGCCGCCGUUUCGCGCUCGAAGUCCUCGGCAAAAACGGUUGCUUCGUCGAAGGCGUUCUCCACCUCCCCGGAAAUCCACCCGUCAAGCUCGAUUCCCAAGGUUCACUCCAAAUUGGGGAUAAGGAGUUCUAUUUCUUAUUGCCGGUGAGGAGUAUUCUUGGUGGGCCUACUGGGCCGAGAAACCACGUGAAUGUGAAUUAUGCGCAGCAGGAUCAACAGUUGGGGGUGGGAUUUGGGGGUUCAGUGGGAAAGAACGGUGGGAGGGCGAGGAUUGAGGAGUAUGGUGAGAAUGCGUAUGAUGAGGAGGAGGAGAAUGGUGGUAUGGCUAGUGGUAUUAAGAAGAUUAAGAAGGCUUAUGGGUAUGCUUCGGGGGGUUCGGGUGGAAAAGGAACGUUAUCUGCGUAA